GAGUUUACAGAUGAAAGAGUGAGAGAGUGAAAGAGAUAAACCACACUGAAUAGAUACAUAAAUCCACACUACUGACCCGCUGAACAGGAGAUGAUGAUGAUGAUGGUGAUGCCGAUGAGGAGGAGGUGCGCGCCGCAGAGGUCCGUGAGGUCCGUCGUGAUGCUCGCGGCCGUCGCCGUGCUGCUCACGUGCAGUCCCGCAGACGCGUGGUACAAACAGGCCACUGGUCCGAGCUACUACUCCGUGGGCAGAGCCUCGGGCUUGCUGUCCGGCAUCCGCAGGUCUCCGUACGUCCGCAGGUCCGACCCGGAGUCCGCUCUAGACGCGGGAGAGAGCACCGGAAACAGCGUGGUGCCCGAGCUGAGCGCGAGACACACGCCGGUCCUCAAGAACAUGGCCAUCUGCAUCAAGGACAUUUCUCCGAACCUCCAGAGCUGUGAGUUGAUGCAGGACGGCUGGAACACGUUCCGGUGCAGGGCGGAGGUUCUGCUGGCGCUCGACUCGCUCGACUGCUUGGUGGCGUGAGCGACGUGCGAACACGGAACCCGAACUCGGUCCUGGAUUCCCCGUGGUUCUCCAGGACCAGGGACGGAAACCUGUCUCCUGAACACCCAUUUCCUGCUGUUCCAUUCUAUAAUAAAUAAAUCAACCCUAAUACACAACAGUGUCAUUUAGACAAGACGAGAUCUGUAGUGGUACUCUAAAAGUACGGUACUUUCCGGUCUGAUUAGAAUGCUCUCCGACGCGCUUGUGUUCGGAUCUCCAGCUCUACUUGGACUCCUUGAAUGUUAUUUAUUUUCCAUUAUUUUAUCCACAGAAAUCUACUUCACUAAAAUGUUCUAUAUAUGUGUGUGUAUCUGUACACAAAUAUCUGAACGUGUGAAUGUGUGUGAGAGAAACAAUAUUGCUGUUUGUCCCUUCUGUAGCUAAAUGUGUGUAAAUGUGUGUAAAUGUGUAAAUGUGUAUAAAAUGUUAUUUUAUUUAUUAAACUCGACAGACGGUU